GCACCUUAAGGCCGCCUGCUCCCAGGUGGUGUUUGGAAACUAGACCAUGUGCCUAGGUAGAUGUCAUUCCUUUCUCCAUAGCUCUACACCCCCAGCAACGCUCACCACACCCUUGUUUUGAGAACCUCUCUGAGUCAGUCCAGGAGCAGUCUGCAGACGUGUAUUUGGAAGCCACUGGACCAGAUCAUUUCUGAGGUCCCCUUCAGCUCUAACAUCCUCCCUUGCCAGCAUCCAGCCAUGGGGGAUAUGAAAACUCCAGAUUUUGAUGACCUUCUGGCUGCCUUUGACAUCCCAGACCCCACUAGCCUCGAUGCCAAGGAGGCCAUCCAGACCCCCAGUGAGGAGAAUGAGAGUCCCCUCAAACCUCCAGGCAUGUGCAUGGAUGAGAGUGUGUCCUUGUCUCACUCAGGAUCAUCCUCAGACGUACCGGCCGUGAGUGUCAUUGUCAAGAACACCAGCCGCCAGGAGUCGUUUGAAGCGGAGAAAGACCACAUUGCUCCCAGCCUCCUACACAAUGGAUUCCGGGGCUCGGACCUGCCUCCAGAUCCCCACAACCUGGGCCACAACUGUGGGAAGUUUGAUUCCACUUUCAUGAACGGAGACAGUGCCAGGAGUUUCCCUGGCAAGCUAGAACCUUCCAAGUCAGAGCCGUUACCGACCUUUAACCAGUUCAGUCCAAUCUCCAGCCCAGAACCUGAGGAUGCCAUCAAAGAUAAUGGGUUUGGAAUGAAGCCCAAGCACUCUGACAGUUAUUUUCCACCCCCUCCUGGGUGUGGGCCUGUGGGGGGCCCAGUCCUGGAGGCUCUGGCUAAGUUUCCGGUCCCAGAGCUCCAUAUGUUUGAUCACUUCUGUAAGAAGGAGCCCAAGCCGGAACCUCUGCCCUUGGGGAGUCAACAGGAACAUGAGCGAGGUGGGCAGAAGGUGGGGGAGCCUCACAAGGAGCUGGAUGCCAGUCGAUUCUUUGGGGAAGCUUUGGAAUUCAACAGCCACCCCAGCAACAGUAUUGGAGAGCCGAAGGGGCUUGCCCUGGAACUUGGCGCUUGCUCGUCAGUCCCCCCCAGGCAGCGCCUGAAGCCAGCUCACUCCAAGCUUUCCUCUUGUGUUGCAGCCUUGGUGGCCCUGCAGGCCAAAAGAGUGGCCAGCGUCACCAAGGAGGAUCAACCCGGCCAUGCAAAGGACCCCUCGGGGCCCACUAAAGAGGGCUCCAAAGGUAGCCCCAAAAUGCCCAAGUCACCAAAGAGUCCCCGGAGCCCCCUGGAGGCCACCAGAAAGAACGUCAAGCCAUCGGACAGCCCUCGGAGCAUCUGCAGUGAUAGCAGUAGUAAAAGCUCCCCUUCAGUGGCUGCCAGCUCCCCACCAGCAAUCCCCAAAGUCAGAAUCAAAACCAUUAAGACGUCCUCGGGGGAAAUCAAACGGACGGUCACGAGGAUCCUGCCGGACCCUGACGAUCCCAGUAAGUCCCCCGUUGGGUCACCUCUGGGGAGUGCCGUUGCCGAGGCCCCCAGCGAGGCGCCGGAGGACGAGGGCGCCGCCCUGCCGGCUGUGGCGCCCUCUCCGGAGGUGGGCACAAGUUCCGGGAGCCCCCAGGGUGACAAGAAAGGGGAUGAGGGCACCCCGAAGACCGGUGAAGCGGCGUCUCCGUGCGGCAGCUCCGGGCUCCGGGGCCCAAAGGGGGCUGCCCCUGGCGCGCAGAGCGGCAAGAAGCAACAGCAGAGCACGGCGCUGCAGGCGUCCGCCCCGGCCCCUGCCACCCUCCUGCCCAAGGCCGUGCACCUGGCCAACCUGAACCUCGUCCCGCACAGCGUCGCCGCGUCCGUGACGGCCAAGUCCUCGGCGCAGCGGCGGAGCCAGCCGCAGCUCCCGCAGAUGUCGGUUCCCCUGGUCCACCAGGUGAGGAAGGCCGCCCCGCUGGUGGUGGAGGUCUUCAACAAGGUCCUCCACAGCUCCAACCCCGUGCCCCUCUACGCGCCAAAUCUCAGCCCCCCCGCCGACAGCAGGAUCCACGUGCCGGCCAGUGGCUACUGCUGCCUGGAGUGCGGGGACGCGUUUGCCUUAGAGAAGAGCCUGAGUCAGCACUACGGCCGGCGGAGCGUCCACAUCGAGGUGCUGUGCACGCUGUGCUCGCAGACGCUGCUCUUCUUCAACAAGUGCAGCCUGCUCCGGCACGCCCGCGACCACAAGAGCAAGGGGCUGGUCAUGCAGUGCUCGCAGCUGCUCGUGAAGCCCAUCUCCGUGGACCAGAUGUUUGUGUCGGCCCCCGCCAGCUCCCCGGCACCAGCGGCCCCGGCGCCCCCCGCCUCCCCCAAGCCCGGCCUCACUGCGGCCACUGCCAGCCCAACCCUCCCGGCCUUGCCGCUCUACCCGGACCCCGUGAGGCUGAUCCGGCACGGAAUCAAGUGUCUCGAAUGUCACAGGCAGAUACGCGACUACAUGGCUAUGGCUGCCCAUUUCCAGAGGACGGCGGAGGAAACCGAGGGGCUGACGUGCCAGGUGUGCCAGAUGCUGCUGCCCAACCAGUGUAGCUUCUGCGCCCACCAGCGGAUCCACGCCCACAAGUCGCCCUACUGCUGCCCGGAGUGCGGGGCCCUCUGUCGCUCUGCCUACUUCCAGACCCACGUGAAGGAAAACUGCCUGCACUAUGCCCGCAAGGUGGGCUACAGGUGCAUCCACUGCGGGGUCGUCCACCUGACCUUGGCCUUGCUGAAAAGCCACAUCCAGGAGCGACACUGCCAGGUUUUCCACAAAUGUGCAUUCUGCCCCAUGGCCUUCAAGACUGCCAGCAGCACCGCGGACCACAGCGCCACUCAGCACCCCACCCAGCCUCACAGACCCUCCCAGCUCAUUUAUAAGUGCUCCUGUGAAAUGGUCUUCAACAAGAAGAGGCACAUUCAGCAGCAUUUUUACCAGAAUGCCAGCAAGACGCAGGUGGGCGUCUUCAAGUGCCCCGAGUGCCCACUCUUGUUUCUGCAGAAGCCGGAGUUGAUGCAGCAUGUCAAGAGCACCCACGGUGUUCCCCGAAACGUGGACGAGCUGUCAAGCCUCCAGUCUUCAUCGGACACGUCCUCAAGCCGCCCUGGCUCUCGAGUUCCCACCGAGCCCCCAGCCACGAGCGUGGCCGCUCGGGGCAGCUCCCUGUCCUCUAGCCGCUGGGGCAGGCCUGAGGCCCAUCGCAGGGCUGAGGCCAGGCCCCGGCUGAGGAACACUGGCUGGACCUGUCAGGAGUGCCAGGAGUGGGUUCCUGAUCGGGAGAACUAUGUGUCCCACAUGAAGAAGAGCCACGGUCGGACGUUGAAGCGGUACCCCUGUCGUCAGUGUGAACAGUCCUUCCACACCCCCAACAGCCUGCGCAAACACAUCCGCAACAACCACGACACAGUGAAGAAAGUCUAUACUUGUGGGUACUGCACAGAGGACAGCCCGAGCUUUCCUCGGCCCUCCCUCCUGGAGAGCCACAUCAGCCUUAUGCAUGGUAUCAGAAGCCCUGAUUUGAGCCAGACGUCCAAAGUCAGACCUCCGGGCGGACAUUCCCCUCAGGUGAGCCAUCUGAAGAGACCAGGCAGCGGAGCCGGGGACGCUCCGGGCAGCAGCAAUGGCGCGGCGGUCUCUUCUACCAAAAGGCACAAGUCCCUGUUCCAGUGUGCGAAAUGCAGCUUUGCCACAGACUCGGGGCUCGAGUUUCAGAGCCACAUACCUCAGCACCAGGCGGACAGCUCCACGGCUCAGUGUCUCCUCUGUGGCCUCUGCUACACCUCUGCCGGCUCCCUCAGCCGCCACCUCUUCAUCGUCCACAAGGUGAGAGACCAGGAGGAGGAGGCGGAGCCAGACGAGGGCUCCGGGGAGGAGGUGUCCAUGGAGACCAGGGAGAACGGACUGGAGGAAUGUGCCGGAGAGCCUUUGUUGGGCGACCCAGAGGCGAGAUCACUAGGCCCGGCUUCUGAGGAGGACGGUGCCCAGGAUGCUCAGAGUCACCCACAGGCCUCUCAGGACCAGGACAGCCACGCACCGUCCCCUCAGCUGUGACCGGAGGCUCUGCAGUGCGUGCGGUCGGGGUGGUGCCACGGCGUCCCCUGCCCGCCGCGGGGACAGUGGGAGAGAGGAGGCCCCGCGCCGGUGGAGUGUGGCCGGCUGUGCCCUGGAGCAGUGUCUGCCCUGAGCUGCGGGCCCCGGGUGUCCCCCAGCCCCGGGAAAUGUGUGGUCGCCGCCCAGGACCCUCACAGCUCCGAAUCUGCUUCUGUUAUUUAUGGCUUUGUGCUGCUUCUUGGUACCCCAACUCCUGUCCGUGUCCUUCCAACCCCAGGCUGCUUACGUGGCCCGGCCCCAACGCUGUCAACUCGGCUUGAAGCCCCUCAGCGCUGUGCUCUUCUGGGAGGUUCCCGGGUGCUGCCCUCAGCCGGGGGUCUCCUCGGAGCUCUCCUUCCUGCCCGCAGAGCCGGAGAAGGGCUGAGGGUGCUGGCGCACUCCCUCGGAGAGCUCCACCCGGGCCGGCUCGGUGAGGGCCCUUGAUCACCUUGCCUUCCUUCCUGUCUUCUCUGACUCUUUCUCCCCCGAAAUAGUCCUGGAGAACGAGUUGUCACGUUGGCUCCUCCUGUCUGUGGGUGGGAGAGAGUUCUGCAGCGCCGCCCUCGCCGCUCGGAUCGGAGAGCGGGCAGCGCGCCAGGGCAGGCAGGCCGCGAGAGGCGGAGCCCGGCCGGAGGCGCUGUGCGUCCUUGUGCGUCCUUGUGCUGCCCGGGGGCUGGGGGCCGGGGGCCGGGGUCACCCAGACCUUGGAAUGUUUGUUCUCUCGCUCCUGUGCCGUUAGAGAGGCUGCUGCCUCAGGCAGGUCAGCCCCUCCUCCUCUGGCUACACUCAUGUUGCUCAGACUAUAUUUCAAAUAAAAAAAUCUUCUGACCAUGCAGGUGGGCUCUUGUAUUCCUCUUCAGGUGAGCCUGGCCCUACCCUGCUCCACUUCAGUCUCUCCCAGACUUCCCUCACUGUCCCGUCUCUGAGGGAGAGCAACGGUGCCUACUGUCCGAGGAAGGUCCGCUCUAGAUUCUGGAGCUGUGCUUAGGAAACCAGGAGCUCGGUCCUCGGUCCUCUAGAGACCUCCUAAGGGCGUGAGGGCUGGGUCCUAAUACUGGUCAAAAGGCCCCUGCAAGGCCUCCCCAGGGCUAGCGGCUUUGGCUUAGGGCCUAUUGAAAUGUUCUGGGCACCCCCAUCUUUCCUACAAAUGGAUUUUCCUCCUAAGAGAACCUUUACCGGUGGUGGUGGUGGUGGGAGGGGUAGAGGGGAGGAAUUCUAGGAUUAUCUCGCAGAGGUCCCGGUGUUGCCGCUCCCACCGGGAGCUCUCGGGUGCGGCAGGAUCUGGGUUAGGGGAGGCUGGGCUGUCUCUCCACCGGCGGCAGAGUUCGGGCCUGACCAAGCCCAAGGGGCAGGCCGUGUGGAGGUGUCCUCUGACCUCCGACCCAGGCUGCUACUGCAGCCCUGCACGGCCGGGGUGUGCCACUGGGCCCGGCAGGAUCUAGUGCGGCCAAGGCAAGUGGGUGCUGGCUGAGUUCUUAGAGGUGCUCUUUCAAGGAAGGCAUUGAAUAGCGAUUGUAAAUUGUUAAGUCAGUCAAAUACACCUGACCUUUCCGCAACAGAAAAAACAGUACAUUUUCUCUUUUCGUCCAAUGCCAGAUUUUGAGUGGAAAUGCUCAUGGCCCUGAGAACGCUUAGGGCUCGCCUCAGUGUCAGACUCUACUGUUUAAGGAUUGCUACACUUGGCAAGGCCGCCGUGUCUCUCUGUCCCAAGGAGGCGGUGAGGCCGCCUACAAGGCCUGAGCUCCCCGCAUCUUGGCUGUGGUCCCUUUCCUAAUUCCACUGCAGGUGCCCACCCCGCACCGCAUGGUCCGUUCACAGGAACACUGCCGAGGAGGCUCUGAGAAGGGUUUGGGAUGGAUUGUCGGAUCUCUUCCUGCUCCCGAGCAGCAAGUAGGGGGAGUAGGGACGGGGACGGUGAACUUGGGCACCGUCGCGCCGACCCGGGUCCGCCGCUCUUUCCUGGGAAUGGUGCGGAGUGGAAAGAAUGUCCAGCUACUCACCGGGAGACCUGGGGCACAGCCUGGAUUCUGCCCUUAACCGGCUCUUAACAAACCCCCUCACUUCACCGCCGCCCCCCUCCCCCCUUCCAAAUAGUCCUAGUAACUCCCAUGCAACUCGCUCCCCGGGCUUUGUGAGGCGGCGAGCGAGCGUGGAGGCGCCCUAGACAUGUGAGGGAUUCUUGCCUUUAGGGCGCGCGGGGAGGGGUCGGGGGGUGGAGUGCACACCCCCCUCCCCCUCCCAGCCGUCAGCCGUGGACGUGGACGUGGGUGUGGACGCGGAUGCCGCCGGCCCGGCCACGCUGCGGCCGUGGUGACGCCAACAAACAGCACGUGGGCCCUGCUUGCGCGGCCUGCAUCUUGCUAGAGACUUUGCCGUGAUGUUCGUAAUCACGAGGAUCUCCCAGUUACCCCUCCUCCAUCUCACGGAGAGGAACAGAGAACCUGCGGGGCGGCCGGUACGUGCCGGCGGCGAGUCAGGCCCGUCUGGUUCUAAAGUCCACGGCGGCACCCCCGUGCUGUUUUCGUGGCCCGGCCGCUUUGGCUGGCUCCCAGCCUGUCAGCACUUUGCAGCCACCCAGACACCGGCUUUCCUACCUCCCGGGUGGUUGGGGUGCCCCCCGGAGCGCCAGGUUCUCCUUGGAGUCCGUCUGUGCCUCGUCAGCCCGAGGAGAACCCUGCGCGAAACAUCCGUGCGCAACGGUCUGAAGCAGAGGAGGUGUUCCCCUGACCUUUCACUUACCUUGGGGUUGACCUUGCCUUUGAGACCAUCAUUUUGCGGGGGCAUCCCAGAAAACAUGGUUCCCUCAGAGUCCAAUAUCUUCUGCUCUUUUCGUAAGAUGUUUAUAAUGGGUGUGCUAUCCUAUCAUUUGUUAUCAUCAGCAAACGCUUGCUGUAACAAGUGCUUAUGUGCCCGUUAGCUGGAGUGAAUGUUCUACUGAUCAAGUUAAACAGAUAAGCUCCCAACCCUUGUAGAAAACUACAAUUGAAUACACUCUCAGGCUUGACAGAUGACUAGUAUUUAUUUUCCAACUGCUUUAUCUCUGUACAACGAUGUGCCGAAUUACUAUAAUUGGUGUAGAAAGAACUGUUCCCCUAACUUAUGUAAACAGUCUGGUUUUGAAAACUUAACAGUUGUGGCUUAGCAAGUUCAACAGACUUUGCCUUCCCCGAGACAGAGGAACCCCCUGCCUGCUCUGUUCGCCACUGUGUACUCAGCUCUGGGCGCACUUUCUUUUACUUGUUUUAAAAGUUUUUCGUUACUGUUUUUUUUUUCCUUGAAAAAUUAAUACAUAUACAUGGUAAGAUCCAAACCAUACAAAAGAAUAUACAGUGCAAAGUAAGCUUCCUGUUGGAGGUCAGCCUUCAGUUCCCCAGCCUGCCUCCAGAAUUAAUCACUGUUAUCUAGAUCCUGUGUACCCUUUCUGAGCAAUUCUAUGCAUUUACAAGUUUAUAAAUAUGUGUAUUUAUAUAUCUAUUUUUAAUACAAAUGGUAGCAUUCUA